AUUAGCCUCGUCCUCCUGAAAAACUGUCAAUGACCACUUACAUUGCCGUAAUGAGGUAGGGCGGAUGAAUCGGCGCUUUGUCAGAUUACACUGCACUUUCAUACACUUCUCAGGCUUCCUGUACAAGCGCAAUCUGACGCUUUCCCUUCUCCCCUCCCCACUUGCACAAUACAGUACUCACUUCCCCGAAAUGAUCGGAGGUGGAAAGAUACCACACUGAAGGAAAUGGACAGUAAGAAAAUUACUUCUGAAAGCCCUUCAGAGUAACACCUUGGAACCUGAAAGCCGACGUUCUAAAGAGACGCUACUGUUUUUGAUGCACCAGAAGUACGGUCCAUUAAGUAUUCUCGAUAUCCACAACCGGUGAAUCAAAACCGAUAGAAAAGUUGUCGUCGAGCAGUGAUUGAAUUAAUGGACUUGCAUAUCAGUUUAUCUUCGCUGUUGUGGAAAUGUUGGGCCACGUCUCAUAGUGCCGUCGGAGUUGGACUGUGUACCUCUGCCUCGCUCCACCGAACCGGUGCGGGGCCGGGGAGAUGAGGAACUGGACCUGCUCUCUUCUGUUCACCUUGUUAUUGACUUUUGGGUUUUCCAAUUCUAUCCCAAGAUCAAACCUAAAUGCUGAGGAACUGACUGGUGAAAGAAAUGUGGCUGUUCCUAUCCCACCUAACCAGACAAAUGACUGCAAAUCUGAUGAAUUUAGAAGUGGUGAAUACUGCUGCAACAAAUGUCCUCAAGGAUACAAGCUUAUCCGUGCUUGUAAGAAUCACAAUGAACGGUCGGAAUGUGAGAUGUGUGAAAAUGGAACCUUCCUCGCCUUAAUCAACUUUAACAAGAAUUGUUUUCGGUGCAAGGAAUGCAACUCUGGUCUGAGACAGAUAGAAAUCUCCAAAUGUCGAUAUAACCAGGACAGGGUGUGUGGCUGUCAGACAGGAUAUUUUAAACGUCCAAUGGGAGACACCUUCAAAUGUCUAGAAUGCUCUCAUUGCGGAAAUAACAGCAAUGUUGUCAAACCAUGUUUUGACAACAUUGACACAGUCUGUAAAUGUCAAGACAAUUACUUCAAAGGUGACAAUGACAAGAACUGCAAGCAUUGCUCAGAGUGUGGAGAUCACCACGACAGCAGUUGCAAGUCAGCAUGUCCAGCGCUGGUCACAAAAUCCAAUAGUGACAAAAACGACCUUUGGCAAAACCUAUGCAUCGCUGCACUUUCUGUUCUUGGCCUUUGUUUAAUUGCCUUCAGUGCAUGGAAGGUCUUCAAACAUAUAAAACCCAGAUCUGUCACAGUAUAUGAUAAUGUUUGUCCCACUGAGCCAACAAUUUCACAAGGCACAACGUUUCCCAUACAGCUGCCAAUUGGGAAGGGGAUUCAAGAGACAGCCACUCCAGAAUGUGUGUCUGCUGUUCAGUCAAGAAGCCCCACUGCUCAGCUUCCUGAUUGUAUUCCCCAGUGCACAGAUAGUCCCUUUUUCUAUUACUCAAUUAUCAAAGUUGUGCCAGUCAAUUGCUGGAAAGAGUUUAUCCGUAGAUUGGGCCUUAGUGACCAUGAGAUUGAGGUUAUUCAGCGUGACCAUCCGUAUUGUUUCAGAGAUGCACAGUAUGAAAUGAUGCGUCGGUGGAGGAUGAAAAAUGGGCCUGUGAUGCCAGGAAUGCUGACAGUCACCCUAACAGACAUGGAAUUAGCUGGCUGUGCCGAAGAACUUUACAGCAAGUUGAAGUGGCAGGCCUAAACAAUUAUGAAGGAAUGAGUCAGUUCUCCACUGUGAUGGACAUUAUAGUAGCAGUAGGAAAACUAUUACUCAAUGUCUAGUCUUCUCUAGAAAACUACAAGAUACACUCAAGUUUGAGUAUACUGAGUGAUCAGUAGAACAUGGUUUUUUUUUUUUUUGCAGCUGAUUUUAGAAAAAGAUACUAUCGGAGCCUCCUAACCACAAGCAAGCUGCUGCAACACAUAUGGCAUUACAUUAUUGGAGUGGAUUCACUACAUUUGGUAUUUAAGCAGCAUUUGUGUCUGCUUGAAACUUUGGAAAGGACAGGUCUGGCUUCCAAUGACCCUGAAUAAAAUUAUGUGAGUUUGAAAAUGUUA